AGAUGGCAGAGCGAGCGCCGUGCGGCUGAGCGCUGCCCCCCACCCCCUACCCCAACACGCACACACACACACACACACACACACACACACAGACGGGGACACGCUGGAGACUCCUGUCUGCGCGCGCACACACACACACACACACGCUGCCCAUCCCAGCGCAAUGGUCUCAUGGAUCAUCUCUAGACUCGUGGUGCUUAUUUUUGGCACUCUGUACCCUGCUUACUCCUCAUACAAAGCGGUCAAGUCAAAAGAUGUGAAGGAAUAUGUGAAAUGGAUGAUGUACUGGAUCAUAUUUGCUCUUUUUACCACAGCGGAAACCAUUACGGACAUCUUUCUGUCCUGGAUUCCCUUUUACUACGAGCUCAAGAUCGCCUUCGUCGUCUGGCUGCUCUCGCCCUACACCAAGGGCUCCAGUGUCCUCUACCGGAAGUUUGUCCACCCAACCCUGUCCUCCAAAGAGAAGGAUAUUGAUGAGUAUAUCUGCCAAGCAAAAGACAAGAGUUAUGACGCCCUGCUGCAUUUCGGCAGAAAAGGACUUAAUGUUGCAGCCACAGCUGCAGUGACGGCUGCUGCCAAGGUUUGCCACCUGUCCGAAAUAGUCAAUUACAGGGAAUUUACCCUGUGGCAGGGUCAGGGGGCGCUCUCCGAACGUCUCAGGAGCUUCAGCAUGCAGGACCUCUCCACCAUCCAGAGAGACGCUCCGGCGACGGGUGCCAGCCAAGGGCCGCCCCGGAGCGCCGCGGGGCACCCGCGGGUCCGAAUGAGCGCCCGCAGCAGCUCGGAAACGGGCUCCAGCAACAAGGGGCUUCAACCGGAGGAGUUGGACAUGGCCGAGUACGAGGUAUUGAGCACGGAGCAGUGCGAGCCUCCGCUCUCUACGUUCGUGCCCUCCGCCCCCCCGGCGGCCCCCGCCCCGGCGCAAGUGGACGACGGAGCCGUUUCUGGCACCUCGCACGUGAGGCCGGUAAAGAGGAGGGCGCCUGAGCCUCCUCCUAGAGUCCCGCGGCCCCGUCCCAGAUCCAAGAGUACCUCGUCCUUGAACAGCGAAACCAUGUGACGGUAUGAGGCACCGGACGCUGCCAGUGAGAAUACUCCCCGAUCGCUUAGCUGCCUUAACCGAAGUCAACGGAAGAAGCAACAACAACAACAAAAAAUAAAAAGAGCGGAAGAGCAGAAGUAAAACUAUCACCAGAUUGCAGCUACAUUUGGGAAAGAAACGAGCCAAAGCAAUCAACAGCCUCCAAGUACACAUUUUGUCCUGUAUUGAGGACAUCACCAUGGCAACGCAUCAGCUGCAGCCUCCUCUCGUUGGGUCUUUGGGUUUGGCUUUUCAGUGAGGGUUUCGGUGCAUCGUUGUUCGUUAAUCAUUAUUCAGAUGCGCUGAUGUCUGUCUGUCUGUCUGUCUGUCUGUCUGUCUGCUCUCUUUCACAUACCGCGUUAUUUAACCGCACACGUGUCAACGCUGUCUUGGCGUUUUCAGCCGUGGUCAAAGGCAGCAUGAGAAUGGCUUUAAAUAUAGAAGAGGUCAUAAGCUAAGAAGACACAUUGUUUCUUUUACAGUGAAAUUUGUGCGCUCUUUUGAAGGAAUUCCUGCAUUAUCCCUGGUGUCGUGCGUACUGCAAGUACUCAAUAGGUCGGGCGACGAGUGCCGAAUGUACAGUAUGUCUUUACAUAUUUACAUACGUUGUACUGGAAAUUAACCAAUUUUACACAAUAAUGGAAAAUAUGGCAUUUUUUCAUUUUCCAGACCAGUCAGGACAACCUAGUCUUUAGGUAGAAUGUAGUUAUUAGAGACGUAAAAAAAAAAUAAAGGAAUAUAACUGUACUGCUGUGAAGAAUCUGGACGACAUGUUAUUCUGAAUGUAAUUAACACAGUAAGUAAAUGUAAAGAAGAAAUACCGUGAUUAGGAAACAGUGUUAAAAACAGUUAAUUUGUGGAUAAUGAGACGUGUUGCUCGCUGGGAUGUUGCAGAUUUCCUCAAACUCUUGUAGAAGCAGCUCAAGCCGCUGGAUGUGGAGUAAUGAGCACAUUAAUAAUGUCUCCUCCCCACUCCUUUCAAUAAUCGUAUUUACAUCUGCUGGGUUUCAACAAAAUUCUUUUGAUGUCAGAUGGACCUUUAAUUUACAGCCAGCAAAUGUGAUGAAACUUUAAUAUUGUUUUAAACUCCUUCACUACCGACAUCCUGUUGACAUGCGAUAGCGACACAAAGGCACUUUUUUUUUAAAAAAAAAAAAAAAAGAAACCUUCCAUGUGCUGGAGCUGAA